GAUAUUAGACGGGUUUUGCAAUGAGAGAUGCGGCGGAUUCAUCAUCAUACUCAGGAUACGAGAAAGGUUUAAUGAAACAAACAAUGCUAGAGCACGAAGCCGUAUUUAAGAAUCAGGUGCAUGAGCUUCACCGUUUGUAUAGAGUACAGCAGAAUUUGGUCGAUGAAGUAAAAGGGAAGAACUUGAAUGAAGAUAUGAACGUGAGUGAUCAUACAUCGGGAAAUGCAGGUCAGAGGAAGUUACCUGGAUUUCUCUUACCAAACUCAACUUAUGGAGAAGGAAGCAGCACACAAGCUUGCAACGGUCGUUUGCAAAAUGGGGUUAGUUCAAAGGAUGGGGACGCGUUCGAGGUUAGAGAUGUGAAGGUCAGGAGAAGAAUGAUUGAUCUUCAACUCCCAGCCGAUGAGUAUCUUGAUACUGAUGAUACUAGUGAUACCGGUGAGAAUACAAGCUUCCCUCCAUACAACCAGUCAACAUCAGGAAGAGGGGAUGCUUCUCAGCGGAGCUAUCCUUCAGGAUCGUGCUUGGAUGUUAAGAACUCAAAUGGCUUAGCUGACUUGAAUGAGCCACUCAAAUGGCAAGAUUCAGAACAUGUUGCUCUCUCAAGGGAUAUGUAUCCUCAUUAUGGAAGAAACAAUGCUCAUGUUCAAGGUCAGUGGUUGGAGAAAAAUCGAAGUCAAAAUGGAUGGAUGGUCCUUCAAGCAGGGCAUGAUAGGAGCACUCAGAGAGAUCAGCUGCAUCUGCCUUCCCAUUCAGGACAAGUACUUUCUAACAAUGCAUUUCAACCUCAGAGCUAUCUUACAACUGAUCAUAGCAAGGUCAAAUUCUCUGGGGAAAGAGCAUAUCGUGAGCUAGAAGUUCGCUCAAAGACUCCUCACGUUUCUUAUGAUAGCUACGUGGAAUCAAGUGUGGCAUCUAAUGCUCCAAGAUUACUCAACGACUACCGCCCUGACUUUGUCAGACCAUGGACCCAUUGGUCUUCAUCCUGGGAGAACCCUAUGAGCAGCUCACAUCAGAAAUCUUACCCAGUUCAAACGAAUCCCUACAUGAAUUUUGACACACAUGCAAGACCAGAUUCGAGUUUUGAGAAUAGAAGCCAUGUCUCUAAUGGGCUUUAUCAAGGAUUCUCUUCAGGGUCAAAGCAGUCAUUCUUUAAUGUCCCAUCAACCGGCUUUAUACCAAAUGCUUCUUUAGGUGAGGUAGCGAAAAGCCAGAGUUUUGUAAGUCUUCAAGGGCCAAAAAAGCAGGAAUGCUCAGCUGGGUUGCCCUGGCUAAAACCUAGCCCCCCUUACAAAAGUGGAAUGUCCAAUGGCUUCUUUGAUUUGAAUGCUUCGACAAAUCAAUUCAUGGAUGGAACUGACGCAGGGGACGACCAGACUUGUGCUUCUGCUCUGAAGGGUUUGCGAUCUGCUUCAUACUCUAAUAAUGCAAACCUGGGGAGAGCUGAAAUGAGCAACUCUCAGAGUAGUACAAAAAUUAUUGGGGGCCCAAUCAUUGGGAAGCAAUUUGUUUGCAAGCAGGAGCGUACGCCCCUUAUCUCUAAUUCCUUAUGGAUUGCUAAUCAACACAAGGAAGUAAAUCACUUGGUAAAGCGAGACCUCGAUAUUAACUUGCCAUGUGAUGCCUCGGUUUCUGUUGACCAGCAUGGUGCUAAAGCCUAUUAUGUAGACAAGAAAGAAGGGAAAAAAGCUGCCAACUUCAGACACUACAUUGAUCUGAAUUCAUGUGCUAAUGAGGAUGAUGAAGAUUCCGGCUUGCUUUCCAGUCGGAGUGUGAAAACAAAAGCAAGAACUUGGAUAGAUUUGGAAGCUCCCCCUACUCUCGAGAGUGAAGAAGAAGGAGAUAGCUCGCAGGAGAAAACAAAUGAAGAAACUUGGGGAUUGAUGCAAGGCCAAGACGGAAACUCUAUGAAUGAACUCAUCAAGGUAGCAGCAGAAGCAAUAGUUGCCAUCUCAAUGUCUGGUCACCAACGCAAUCCUGAUGACGCAGCUUCCUCUUCAACUGAUGCGGCUGCAAAAAGCCCGCUCUCUUGGUUUGCAGAAAUAAUCACUUCUUGCGAUGAUGAGUUAGAAAGAAAGGUUGAUGGUUCUCCAGAAGCCACAGACUUUGAGGGUUACAGGGAAGACUAUUCUUCUGGGGAGAUUGAUUACUUUGAAGCCAUGACCCUGAAUAUACAGCAGACAAAGGAAGAAGACUACAUGCCAGAGCCAUUAGUCCCUGAGAAUCUGAAAUUCGAAGAUACAGGUAUUAACAAGCCAAGAAGAGGACAAGCUAGACGAGGAAGACCAAAGCGGGAUUUCCAGAGGGAUAUUCUCCCUGGACUCUCUUCUCUGUCGAGGCAUGAAGUCACUGAAGAUAUCCAAAUGUUUGGGGGGCUUAUGAAAACCGGAGACUGCACUUGGAGUUCUGGAUUGGCUGUUCGACGGAACUCAAAAAGAAAACGACUGGUCACCAACACAAGCCAAGCUCCAGUAUGCCCGUCAAUGGCGCAGCCAAUGAAUGAGAGCGUAUCAGUGGGAGGACUUGAAGACAGUAAGCUCACAGGAUGGGGACAAGCAACAAGAAGACAGAGGAGACAAAGGUGCCCUCCUGCAGGUAAUCCCGCAACCGUGAUCUUAACAUGAUAGUUUCUGGAAAUAAUCGGAAUUUACCAAA